CGCUGCACCUUCUCGCAGAGUGCGUGCUGGUUUAAAGGGUUUCACCCACACAUCUGCAGCUGCGUUCACACAUGACAUGAGGCGGACUAGAAGCUGGAAGAAACACUUUCUCUCAACCGAAUGACACCGACGGGGAAUAAGACUUCACCUCGGGGAAUGGAUGUGGUGACUUUGGAUCUGCAAUGCAAUAACCUUCAGGAGUCGAAUGGCUUCAAAGACAAAGAUCCAGACUGCCGGGAUGGUUCAGAGAAAGAGGAGGAACCUCUGCUCCGAGAGAACCCCAGACGGUUCGUCGUCUUCCCCAUCCAGUACCCCGACAUCUGGAAGAUGUACAAGCAGGCACAAGCCUCGUUCUGGACGGUGGAGGAGGUGGAUCUGUCCAAAGACCUGCCACACUGGGACCGCAUGAAGCUUGAGGAGAAACACUUCAUCUCCCACAUCCUAGCCUUCUUCGCUGCAAGUGAUGGCAUCGUCAAUGAGAACCUGGUGCAGAGGUUCUGCCAGGAGGUUCAGAUCCCUGAAGCUCGCUCUUUCUACAGCUUUCAGAUCCUCAUAGAGACCGUUCAUUCCGAGAUGUACAGCAUGCUCAUCAAUACUUAUAUCAGGGAUCUGAAAGAGAGGGACUACUUAUUUAACGCCAUUCAGACGAUGCCUUGUGUGAGACGAAAAGCAAACUGGGCCCUCAAGUGGAUAAACGACAGUAAAUCCACAUUUGCGGAGCGGAUUGUGGCCUUUGCGGCGGUGGAGGGAAUCUUCUUCUCUGGCUCUUUCGCUUCCAUCUAUUGGCUCAAGAAGAGAGGGUUGAUGCCCGGCCUUACCUACUCCAACGAGCUGAUUAGCAGAGACGAGGGCCUGCACUGUAACUUUGCCUGCCUGCUGUACAGCCACCUGGUGAAUAAACCAUCGGAGGACCGGGUAAAGGACAUCAUCACUAAAGCUGUUAGCAUUGAGCAGGAGUUUCUGACAGAGGCCUUGCCAGUGGAUCUCAUAGGAAUUAACUGUUGUCUGAUGAAGCAGUACAUUGAGUUUGUGGCUGACCGGCUGUUCGCUGACCUCGGAAUAGCAAAGGUAUACCAAGCUGAGAACCCAUUUGACUUCAUGGAGUCCAUUUCACUGGAGGGGAAAACCAACUUCUUCGAGAAACGGGUGGCAGAGUAUCAGAGAUUCGGGGUGAUGUCAAGCACGAAGGACUGUGAAUUCACUCUCGAUGCAGACUUCUGAAAUGGAGAGAAACUGCUGUUCACGCAAUAUUUAUCUAAGCAAAGCAUCAUUGCAAUAUUAUAUUUGACGGGUUAAAGCUUUUAAAAAGGGAUUGAGAAUGAAGCCUCAAGUAAAUUAGCAGCAAAUAGUUUGUAAUAUGAAACGGUUGGUUUAUUGUUCUUCCCAUGGCUUGAGAUGUGUAAAUUACAUAAAUAUUCAUUUUUAUUUAAAGAUGUCUCAUACACUAGUGGUGGUGGACAACUUCUGUUCUAAAUAUACACACACGAAAUGGAAAAAUAGAAACAUUUAAUACAAAUUUGUAUUCUACCAAAGCUAAAACCUCCAGGAUUGCUACUCUAAUACCAUACGUUUAGUCUACAGUUUUUUCCACCUUUUUAUGUACAUUAAAAUGUUUUAUCGUUA